UUCGUUUUAAGCCCUUAAAGACAAAGCCCAAAUAACCUAUUCCCGUCUACCUCUUAACCGACGCCGGCUUACUUUCUUCCUUCAAUCUUCACUUACAUUCGCUCCCAAAAUUUAUACAGCAAAUCUUUUCAAUUUUGGAAGAAAUCAUGGUCAUGUAUUAGAUUGUGAAGCAGGUGACCUACGGACUUCAUGACAACUACCCAGACUACAAUGAGUCAGCCUAAUAAAGCUAAUGACCGAGCAGCCUCCUCUGCUGUCAGUGCUCAAAACCCAGCUUCCUCAUUCAAAAGAUUGGGCAGGAAAUCCCCAUUUAUGAGAUAUGGACUUCCUAUGAUCUCACUAGCGGUGCUUGGAUCUAUUGGUCUUAGCGAACUUCUGCAAGGCAGCAAGGAUAUAGCUAAGGUAAAGGAUGAUCAAGAGUGGGAAAUCAUCGAAACAAGAAAAGCUCUUUCACGAUAUGGACCUGUCAAUGCAUAUAACCCCAAAAAAAUGAACUUGGAGGAAGAACUAAAGGCUUUGCAAGAGAAGAUUGAUAUUAAUGAUUAUGAAUAUAAGAAAAUCCCUAAGCCCAAGGAAAGCGAAUAAAAUACAAAGAUGUUACUGGGACUCCCUUAUGCAAUAAUCUUGCAGCUCGUUGGCUUCUCUUUUUGGGGAGUUGUUUCACUGAUAUAUCUACCAGGCAGCUCUUCCAUCCGCAAGUUACGUACUAUUGUUGGAAAUUGUUUUUACCGAGUUGUGAAUGCUUUUGGCUGUAUAUGCAGUUCUAAGCAGUCUGUGUAUGUAACUCUUAGUCAAGAUUUAAGUUUAUGUAUUCCAUGUUUGAAAUAAUGUGGCUAUCGUAUUGUUUACUUCCUAUAUUAACAGUUGAUUUGCCUA